AUGUCGCUUGGUUUUUGGCGGGUUAUUGCACCUUUUACCAAAACGGGAAAGUAGCAGCGUUUCUAAUUUUAAAAUAAUAAAUAAAUUAAUAAAAAGUAAUUUUAUGAGAAAACAUGGCGGAUGUUAAUCCUAAAAAUGCGUUCGUUAGUGUUUUUUCAUCAGCUAAAGAAAUCCUUGAAAAUGAUCAACGACACUUUUUUUAUAAAAUGUUGGAUUUAAUUAAAAGCACCUGUAAAUCACAAGGGUUACAAAUUAAUGAAGUUUUUACGGAUGAAUUAGUGCAUUUUUGUUUUGAAGAAAUUAUCGAUUUAGCGUUUGAUAAUGAUAUUACUAUUCAGGCCAGUGCUGUUACCGCACUUGAACAAUGUCUGGAGCACUUGAAUAUGUCCAUAGUACAUAAAAGCAUUCAUUGGCCAGAUAUAAAACAAAACUUUGUAGAAAAGCUACCAUCACGUAUUGAUAAAUUAAGAGAUGAUCGCAAUAAGUAUUGGCAUAGAGUUUGGUGCAUUGCUAUACGUAUUUUAGAUAAAGAAAUACUUAGAGGAGCAGCUACCAUAAAUUGUUACCUUGCCAUUGUUGAGUUGGGAUUUCGUAAAAAUGAAACAAAUAUACGAAGCGAAGCCUUUGCAUGCUGGCGUUUACUUAUACAAAUAUUUUAUGAGUAUAAUGAACUAACUGACAGACGUAUAAAAUUGAUUUGUAUACCUUUAAAAUCUACGCAAUCAAAAUCCGUAGAUGUGGCAGAAGUCAAACUGAGAGUUUGGUGGUAUUUAAUUACUUGUAUUGCGGACCGUAUAGACAAAUAUUAUGAUAAAAUUGUUCAAUCAUUCCUCACAUUUUGCUUCGGAUCAGUGGAGAAAACAACACAAGGUAUACUUCAUAACUACAGUACGUUACAAAGUUUAGGACUUCCAUGUCUAGCAAAAUUGCUUUCAACUGAAACAAAUGAUUUUUUGGAGCGUCUUUUAAAUGAUGCCAAAUUAGAGACGGUUAGUACUCUACCUAUAAUAACUCCAUAUCUUUUAGAGCAAAAUAUCGAAGCUAUAAUUAAAUCUGUUAUAGAAGCUAUACACAUUUUGUUAGAAACUGAUUUAAAUAAAUCAGACACUGAUUAUCUAUUAUUGACAUAUUUUUUCAACUAUGUAUUAACUGCUGUGUUGUGCAGAACAAAUUUGAAUGUACCAAACAUAUGGGAGGAAUUUGGUUUUAUUUUGAAUGCACAGCCUCGACUGAUUGUGGUAGCAUUGAAUACAAUUAUAAGACAAGAAAGUAUUUUGAAUAAUAGUAAUUUUUUGGCAAACGAGCUUGAUGCUUACCAAAAUUUAGCAAAAAACAUAUUAAGUAUGUUGUUUAAAAUACAAACAAAAGCACCGCCAGCUAUAUUAAGUCAAUGCAUUGAAAAAACAUUUUCUUUACAAUUUUCGAAAAACAAAUCAGAAGAUUUAAAUAAAUAUGAAGAAUUAUUGGAAUCAAUUAUUAAAGCACAUGACGAGGCGGAUUAUGAAAUUUUCAGAACAAAAUUAUUGGUGUGGCAAAAAUUAUCCAAAAAUAUUGCUAAGUAUUUGACUAAUAACAAACCCAACAAUGAAAGUCAAAGCAUUAUAGAGCGUUGGAUUUUAUGGCCAUUACAAAUGUGUGUUGCAUUUGCUGGAGGAAAAUCGUCUUCAUGCUUUAAUGAUACAUUUUACAGCACAUGGAAUCAAAUGUUAAUAUCAAUUCAAAGUCGAAUGAAUUGUUUGACGUUAUUAAAUGACAUCAAAGUACUUUUAGAUGAAAUAUUAACUAUAAAUUCAGAGACAGAAUGUUUUGCAAAUUUAUGCGAAUCUUAUGCAUCUAUACUAACAUAUGAUAAAUCUAAUGAGAACGUAAAACAUUAUAAGGACCUAUUGACUUUAAUUGAUAAAGGGUUAAAACAGAAACUAACACCAAAAUCUUUAUUAAUUAUACAAAGUACGCUGCGUAUGAUUAUUACCAAUCUUAAACAAAAUCAAAUAUCCACGGUGUUUGAUUUAUUUAAGUCAAUUUGUGGUUCUAUAAGGCGCCUAGCAUCAAAUGGACAAAUCGAUAGCAAUCAUUUUGAGGAAUGGAAAAAUGCUGUUUUGGACAAGACUAGAAUUAUAUCUAACAAAAGUUUUGUUAAGCAGCUAAGAGAAGUUUUUAAUGAUGACACCUUUACAAUUAUACCAAAUGUAUGGAAUUUUGAACCCGAUAAAUUAACAGAACGACAGAAAGAGCGAUUUAAAGAAAAAUCAGAUAUACCUGCAUUGUACAAUGAUUUAAGUCAGUCGCAGGAUUCAUUUAUAAAACCGUGGACACCGAAAAAGGUGGUUUUAGCUAAAGAUGAACAGUCGGAAGUUGUGUUAAGCGGAACAGAUGAUAAAAUAGAAUAUUCUAAAUCCCUAACAAAAACAGAUAAUCAUCCAACAAUAGACCUUUUUGAUUCUGAGCCCAUAAAUAAUGAAAGCGAGACAAUUGUUUCGUCUGAAAAAAUUGAAAAUGAUAAAACUACAAGCAUUACAAAGGCAGAUGGUAAUCUAUCUAUCACCAAAGUUCUACGUACAAGGGCUCUUAGACAGUUGCCGGCAGCAAAACAAAUUGAACCUGAAGUGAAAUUGAGAGGUCGGAAAUCAUUAACAACUCAACUUGAAUUGGCGAGUAAGGAAUUUAAAGAAAAAAAUAAUUAUAAUGAAGAGGAAAGUGAAAGUUUGACUCCUACCACUGAAAUUAUAAUUCCUGAUACUCAAGACGAAAAUGAAACUGAUAAAGAUAAAAAUACUGAAGAAGAUAUUGUUGUUCUUAGGCUUGAUAAAACAAAUGAUAGUGACUUCAUUUUAGAUGGCGAACCUAUUAAUCAAAUCGAUCGUCAUGAACUUUCACCUAAGAAAAUCGGCACAAAAAUGACACCAUUGUCAUCACCACCAGAUAGAAAAUUAACUAAUAAUUCAAGCAGCCCCACUUUACGUCCAAAAACAUCUUCCCAUUUAACUGGUCGUGGCGCUCAAUUAAUAAAUAUGAUACGAAAUAAAAGAACUGAUUCUUUUUUACCAAAUAGUACUUCAUCACCCAUAAAUAAAUUACUUAACAAAGACAAAAAAACGGAGUUACAUUUACCAACACCAAUAGCACAAAUUUUUGCUGCGGAAACAAUGCAACAGCAACCAAAUGAUUUAUUAGUAUUUUCAAAGCGACUUCCGUCUCCUACAGCAAGUCCAUCAGCCAGUAUUUUAAAACGUAAAUUUCAUAAUGAUAGUCUUGAAGAAGCAUCUGUAGAAUCACCUGCGUAUAAACGUAAAAGAGUUAGUUUCCAUGAUCCACCUGUAUCAGUUACAAAAGAAUUUGUAAAGGAUCCUGAAGAUAAUAAAAACAGACCUAAGCGCUGUCUUCUUUUAGAAAAAGUUCAAAGUACUCCCGACAGUAAACUUAAAAGACGAAGCAAAAUCGAGAGCUUAAAUGAAAUGAAAAAUCUACAAACAAUUAGUGGCCAAAAAAAUAAAAUUACCGACAAGGCCAAUAGUAGUUCAACAAACAAUGUUAUAAAUAUUGAUAAUGACAAAAUUUCUCCACCUUUAUUAGAUGAAGCAAAUGAGAACAUGCCUUGUCCUGAAGAUGCCCUAAAUACAAUUGUUCAACAGUUUCCAUUGGAAACGGUAUUGGAAAAAUAUUUUUCAACAGAAACGAAUUCGGCAGUAAGCCUUUCAAAUGUUUUGGCAAAAUUUGUUUCAAAUUACAUGAGUUCAAAUCAAACAAUAAGAACCAACGUUUUAGAUAUAUUAUCAGAAGAUCAUUCAAAAGAUUUUUUGGAUCAUGCAAUACAGGAAAAUUUAUCAACCGUAGUGUGUGAUCGUUUAAAUUUGAAUUCAGUUAUUGAAUAUAUAUGCGCCAAGUCAAAAAUUAAUACUACAUGUCGUAAUAAUCUAAUAACACAAAUUCCAUUCAUAUUUAAACAUUCGAAGCUAGAAAGUGAAAGAAUUGAUUUUAUCAAGGAUUUGAUGCGUCAGAAUAAUUUAACCGAUACAGAAAUAGUAAAUUUAUUAUCUUCAAUAAUGCAAAUGCGUGCAGUUUGUGACAACAAAUCAGUGGGAGUAUCUGAAUCAGCUGUGGAUUCAUCGUCAAAUUUAUAAACACGCAAAAUUUAAAUGGUUUUUAUAUUAUUUUAUUAUACUACAAAUAUUAUUUUAAAUCAUUAUUUAUAAAACUUUGAAUUCAUUGUAAUUUAAACAAUAUUCAACUUUAAUUGUUGAUUACAUUAUGUCCUAUUAUAUACUUUAAUUUAUCUGACUGCCAUAGUAAAUUAAAAAAAAAAUACUUUGUAUUAAGAUAGAACUUCAAAUAUUAUUCGAGCUGUUCAAAAAUGUACGCAUUUUAAUGUUGUUGUUCUAGCCAGCUGGGUAGUCCGCUUGAGUAGUCUCUUUUGAUUGUGGUGAACGGCACUUUGUUGUGGAGCUCGACGAUUGGUUCCAGGACGUAGACACGGCUGUUCUUGGAACUUUUUUUAAUAUUCGAGAGCGUGCUUGUAUAAACACGAAAUGGUGCUGGAAUGUUUGCUAUUGUUUUUUUGUAUAAAACAAAUAAAAAGAAACAUAAGUAUUUUUGUUGUUCGAGCAGCUCAAAUAUAUUUGAAAAAUUCGAACAUUUUGAAACAUUUGAAGUAUGGUCGAACACUUUGAAGCACUAGUUAAGAUUAAAUAAUUAUAAAAUAUUUAUUAAGAUAUUUUGU